UGUAUAGGGAGUUAACUACAGAAGAAGAUAAACAGGGUUUCUCCCUUCAUAGGCAUUAUAGCCUGGGAAACAAAAGAGUAAUUCGUUAUACAUAUGAUACAUAUUCUGAAGGAAAAAGGAAGUAGCAUGGAGAAUAACCAGGGGCCCUCUUUGAAGCAGGGAGGUCAUGGAACAAGUCACUGAGGAGAGAAAAGAAGAGUUUCAAAGAGAAGGCACACCAGUACGAAGUCUCUGAAGAGGGAAAGAGCUGAUAUGGCUGAGACAGAGAGAGGGGAUGGAGACGAGAUCUUGGUUUCCAUUCAGGAGCUUCCCUGAGUGGGGAAGAGAAAGAGGGCAGUUUCAGAGACCUGAGGCAUACUCAGGUGGAGGUGUCCAUGAAGCAGAUGGACCCACUGGAUCCUGGGCUUACAUCCUGCCCCCCCCCCCCUUUGCAACUAUGUGCCCCUGAGCAGGUAAAGGAGCUCGAGGCUUUGGGCGGGGAGCCCUGCUCCGCAUGAACAUCUGGCCAGCUGUCCCGGGGGCCUGCAAACAGUUCAAGCUCUGUGAGCAUUGUGUGGAGGGGCACAAAGCACACAACCUCUCUGGCUGCGUGUGGGAGCAGUGUCAGCCAGAGGAGCCAGGACACUGUGUGGCCCGAGCUGAGGUGGUCAAGGAAGGUUGCUCUGUCUACAACCGCUCAGAGUCGUGUCCAGCUGCCCACCACCACCCCACCUAUGAACCAAAGACAGUCACAACAGGGCUAGGAUCCUGGUCCACAGUGGCCUGCUAUGACCUGCACCCUGCAGGGAGCCCCCCAGUCCCUGAAGCCCACGGCCCUGGCUUUGAUGGGGCCAGCUUCAUUGGGGGCGUCGUGCUCGUGCUGAGCCUGCAGGCAGCGGCCUUCUUCGUCUUGCGCUUCCUCAAGGCCAAGGACAGCACCUACCAGACACUAAUCUGACCCCCUUCAGGCCUGGAUUCCACACUGAGGGGAAGGAGGAUGAAGAGGCUGCCCUCUCGGCCCCCUUGUAGGUGCCGGGGUGGGAAAAACUUUGGCCACCGAUUUCUGGCCCCUGUGGGCAUUAAGCAGGCUCAGUGCCUGGCAGCUGACAUCCCCUCCUGUCCUGGGCCUGGUACCUGCAGCUGAGAGCAUCCUUCAACCACCUCGCGUCUUAUCCAUUAUCCCUGUGGGCCCCCUGCUUGGCACGGGGUCUGUGCCUGCCUCUUCCCACCCACCUGGCACUGCCCCCAAAUAAAGGAAUUCUUUCCAGCACUGUGCUUCA